AUGCAGGCCGCUCUCUCCCAGAAGGCUGGCCUCUCGGCCCUGCCCGUGCGCGCCGGCCGGAGGAACCUGGUGGUGGCCAACAAUGCCAAGAUUGAGAAGACCAACAUCAAGGAGGUCGGCCUCAACAGCAUCGGUGACAAGACCGUCCAGAACAACCUGAUGGGCAAGUCCCGCUACAUGGACAAGAAGGGCUGGGUUGACGCCCAGGGCCGCAAGGGCAAGGGCUACGGUGUGUACCGCUUCGCUGACAAGUACGGCGCCAACGUGGACGGCUACAGCCCCAUCUACACCCCCGACCGCUGGACCGAGAGCGGUGACUCCUACAAGCUGGGCACCAAGGGCCUCAUCGCCUGGGCCGGCCUGGUGGUGGUGCUCCUGGGCAUCGGCGCCACCCUGAUCAUCUCCACCAGCCAGCUGGGCGCUUAA